AUGGAUAGUGAGAGCUUGGAGAAAUCUCCCACUAAUAGUCCACAGUGUGAUGAGAAGAGACCAGCGUGCGCUAAAUGCGUCAACCAUUCCAUCGAGUGUGACUUCCUGUCUGCAGAUGCCAACUCUCUUUCGCCGUCGGCCCCUCAGCCUGUGUCUUCAAAUACGAGGUUCAGAUUCAAGCCUUCCAAAUACCAAUCUAGCAAACACUCCUCCCCAGCGGCAAGCCAGACCUCUCUGGAUGCCCCUAGGGCUGAAUCGAGUGUCCCAGAACCACAACCCCAGCAAGAGACUCUAUCAUUCGAAGACCUGCGUCUCUUCCACCAUUUCGUCACAGAAACAUACCGAACCCUCUCGGACGAAGCAACCGAUCCGAAUCGAGUCUGGCAAUCCCAGAUCCCCCAAUGGGGAUUCACGACACCGUCAAUCUUCCACCUCAUUCUCGCCAUGGCAGCACUACACCAAGGCCACCUCAAUCCAGAUCUACGCAAUCAGUAUGUAAUGCAAGCAGAUGCGCACUUCACAUUCGGAAUUCGCUCCGUAUCCGCUAUCCUGGCAUGCUUGAAUGCCGAAAACUGUCAAUUGAUAUACAUGUCAGCAGUGUUGAUCUGCUUCGUGUACUUUGCGCAUGGCCCACGGCCAGGGGAGUAUCUCGUCUUUAGUGAGACGGGGAAAGCGGAAUGGCUUGUUCUCAUGCGAGGUGUACGGUCUAUUCUGAUGUCUCAUCAUAAUAGGAUUUUCACUGGUGUUCUAGAAAUCCAAGAUGACCCUUCCGUUCAAGAUGUGAGUCCGUCGUUGCGUGAUGAACUUCGUCAACAUGAGGCUCGCAUGAAUGAUGUUCGUGUCUGGAUUGAGGCGCAGAUUGGAGAGCAGGCUGGGAUAUAUACGAGUGCGCUUGAGAAUCUGGCGGAGAUGUAUGAGGCAUCUUACCGGAUGUGCAGUGCUGGAAAGGGUGGGAUUGGAGUCAUGUCUCAUUCGAUUGGGUGGAUUUACCGGAGACCAGAGGAGUUUGUUUGUUUGCUUGAGGGGAGAGAUCCAUUUGCUUUGAUUAUUCUUGCUUAUUGGUGUGUGCUUUUGAAGUUGAUGGGCUCCUCGUGGAUGAUGGUCGGCUGGGAUCGGCAUGUCAUCGGAGGAAUUCAAUCCUGCUUAAGCACCGAGUAUCAUCAGUGGAUUGAGUGGCCUGUGAGCGUCAUUUGCGGAUGA